GAAAUAUUGAUAAGUGUGAUGAAGACAAUAUUGAGGAUGAAGCUGAAAAAAUUAUAACCAUUCAAGAAACUUUAGAAUUACAAAAAUUCCGUGCGAAAGGGAAAGGUGUUUCUGUAGAUAGACUUGCCGUUGCUGAAGAUGCCGAAGAACGAAAAAAGAAAAAAGAACUUGAACUGAAGGAAAAGUCUGCAAUCAGGGACGGGCAGAUGUCCUUAGGCGGUUUUUCAGUCGGCGGGAAAAAGUCUGCAUUUUCAACGACUCUUUACAUGGAGAAGUACGUAGAACAACAAUUAGCAAAGCGGCUGGGCAAAACUGUACCGGAAGACGAAAAUAAAGAAGAUGAAGAGUUUGAUUUGGAAGAAUAUAAAGCAAUGCAAAAACGUAUGGAAAAGGAAGAAAUGCUUUCUAGCUCGAUGCUCUCUGGAAUACCAGAGGUCGAUUUGGGAUUGGAAGCGAAACUUAAAAAUAUAGAAGCUUUUGAAAAAGCUAAACAUCAACUUUUGAAUAAACUUAACGAACAACCAAAAUAUAAAGUCGAUCCAUUUCUCGCUGGAACUCGAUUUCAACUUUUAUAUGAAACGGAAGAAAAUGAAAAAAAUAGUAAAGAAUCCAAUAAUUUUCAAGCCACAGAUGACAAAGCC